AUGUUUGCACCACGAAUUUUUGAAGAGAGUGACCAGUCUAUCUCUGUUGCUGACCGAUCUAUGUUUGAGAGUAGAAAUGCUGACGAUAUGACUAAUAAUAAUGCUAGUCCGGCUUCUGGUCUUCGUAGAAGCCAUACUGUGUCUGGCUCGCCUUCACGAACGACAUAUGGCAGUAGAUGGGGCGAUAAUUCACGAAAGAAGGUAGUAGCAGGUACUCGCUACUUUAGUGGAGAUAAAAGCGUAGAGCUAAAUGCUCAAUCAAGUGCCAAAAGAUCAGGUAUCAGCGGAGGUGCCAAUAAUGAAACAAUUGAGGCCACUCGACGUGAGAUUCUACAAUCGCUUGAACGGUCGCCUUUGAAACUAUAUCCCGACCAACAUACUGAUUCGCAAUUCCCGACUGAAGAAACACGCUCGUUGAGUAAAAAUCGCAAGCUUGCCACUAGUGAAAAUAAGGAAAAUGGUGGUCAGUUUGUUGUGCCAGCUGCUGCUGCACCUGCAGAGGAUGACGACUUGACUAAUUUCAGUAAAUACGAUAUCAGAAACAUUUCGUAUCAGUCGGUGAGCAGAGCAUCGCCAAAGAGACCACAAGAUAGCAAUAAGAGUAUAGGAAAUAUUGGCUUGAGAAGUCGCUCAAAACAACCUCUCCCAACAGAUGACUCUCAGAGACACCAUUUUGCUGAUAAUGAGGACAGAAGAGAGCCAGGUGAGCUAUUCGAGAGACGAACUUUUUCAGAAGAACAUCAUAAUGCCGAAGAUGAAAGAGAGUACGCUCGAAGUCAGCAGUCCGUUCGUGAGGCUGAUAAUAUCCUUGAGUCCACUGACAGACGGCAAGUCCGUAACCGUUCUCGAGAAGAAGUUGGUGAUCCUACACCGGAAAUAGCUUCUUAUCGCGAUCAUGAACCAGUGCACUCUAAUUUCCUUCGUGAAGAAGUACUUCAGCAAGAAAAUGAUUUUUCUCGUAAGCCCACUCGCGAGCCUAUUCGUCAAACUAUUCGCGAACCCAUUCAUGAGCCUAUUCGUGAACCUGUUCGUGAGCAACUUCAUGACUUUGGUCGUGAACUUACUCGUGAACCUAUUCGUGAUCCUAUUCGUGAACAGGAAAAUGCCUCUGGUCGUGAACUUACUCGUGAACCUGUUCAUAAGCCUGUUCGUGAGCCUGUUCGUGAAUCCAUUCGUGAGUCGGUUCCCGAGUCGGUGCGUGAUUUAACUCGUAACCGUCGUUUUGAAGUGGAUGGAGAAGUAUCUUAUCGAGUGGAUACACAGGUUCGUUCAGACUCACAGGCUCGUGGAUAUAGACAAGAGCUUCUGCAUGAAUCUGCAGGUACCUCAGUCAGAGAACAUACCGAAGAAAGUUCAGAAAGAGAGCAGUUGACGAGAGAGCCAGUGAGGAACUUAGGACAGGAUCAACAGAGAGAGAACCCAAGAAUGUACGAACAAGAUGCCCCACCAAGACAACAAACUCGAAACGAUUAUCAGUCAGGAACGAGUUAUCGUGCUCGUGACAGACGCCAGUCAAUGUACACAGACCGGGCUAACCAAACAGUCAACCACGAUAGUACUUACCAUGCAAGAUCAGCCCAAACUGGUUUGUCGCCUAAUGCUACAGGUACAUCUCGCAAAGAGCCCAAUAUGGGCAAUAUGACAAUUAGUGGCAUACCCAGUCCUAAGAAGAUCAAGCAACCAGUUCUGGCGAGAUCGAAAUCUCAAAGUCGAAUUCGUGGACCACCUUCACCAACCAAAGGCCCUUACGACCCAGAAACCAACCCACCAGCUCUUAAGAAGAGAUCUGUCUCAGAUGAUAGGAAGAAACGUCAAAGUAUAGCUAUACUUCCUCCAGAGCGUGAACGUGAAAGAGAGCUUGACCGAGAUAGAGAACGUGAGCGUGCAAAUCGGAGACAAAGUGUUGUUCCCAGAAUGGUUGGAACAACUACAACAGCUGGUAGUACCACUAACUACCACCCUACCACUGCUACGACUACAGCUACAAGUGGUACUACUACUAAUCGACAGAUGGCGUUUGGUCGUACACCAGGCCGACUGCUUGCUCCUAAGUCGACAGCUGAACUACGAGCUAAUAUAAAUGCCGGUAUCAAUAACAAUGCAGGUGGUUCUGGCACAAAGACUGCUUCUGGCGUUUCCGGCACAACCAACAAUCACAAUUCGACACAAGCACAAACAAAAACCAACAGCACGUCACAAACUCAGCAAAAAAACAAAGAUGAAAUCAGUAUUUUGGAAGUAGAUUCGACUAAACCAUCGGAACAAAGUUCACAACAGUUACGGAUUGAAAUGGAGCGUAAACUAGCCCAACAUCGGACCGAAAUCGUGUCAUUAAAAGCACGUCUUUCAGGAAAAGACAGUGAAAUCAAGAGUCUCAAAGCCUCAGUUGAGCAAUCUGAGCUGACAAUCGAGUCAGAAGCGAGACAACGAGAAGAAAUGGUGGCUCGAGUUGCAAAAGAACUGCAUGUCCAGUACAACAAAAAGCACGAAGCCAAACUUGCACAAUUCAAACAAUCCGUAAAAAUCAAAGAAGAAACAUUAACAUCGGAAAUACACAUGCUACGAGCCGAAGUAGAGAACUUGAAAACGCGAAUAGCAGUCGAACGCGACGAAAAAGCCGAACUCGUCAACGCCUUUGAAGCGUACCAAGUAGAACUCGAGCGAAUGGGUAUCCGACUGGGCUAA